UCGCGACGAAUAUGGCUGCCGCGUGUUACGAAAGAGCGGACGAUUUCUCGCGGGGAAGCUGUUUCCCUAUUGUUCAGAGAACCGCCGUGCCGUCGCCCGCUCUUGUUAAUCAGGCUCGGUGGUGCGCGUCGUCACGAUGGUUUACAACAUCAAGUGGGUCAUACCAAAAUUACGGAAUCCGUCUCGAUUGUGGAACAUCGCGAGCAGCCUAACCUUUGCCGCAGUGGGCAUUUUCUCGAGAAUUAUCAUGGAAUGGCUGAACAAGACAACAGUAUACAACAAGGACAUUAUCGUACGCGCCUUAGACUUUCGACCGAAAAAUGUUCCGCUCAUUACCGUAUCUAAUCAUCACAGUUGCUUCGACGAUCCGGGCAUAUGGGCGACCCUGGACUUCCGACACGGGAUGAACCGACAUAAGACACGAUGGUCGCUCGCCGCGCAUGACAUUUGUUUCACAAAUGUCUGGCAUUCCUACUUUUUCAUGCUCGGUAAGUGCAUACCGGUCGUCAGAGGUGCUGGCGUGUAUCAGGAAGCCAUGGACUUCUGCAUUGAAAGAUUGGCCCGUGGCGAGUGGGUACACGUCUUCCCCGAAGGAAAAGUCAAUAUGCUUAAGGAGAACAUAAGGUUGAAAUGGGGCGUGGGUAGAUUAAUAUUAGAGUCGCCCGUCACGCCUAUAGUAAUUCCUAUUUGCCAUCUUGGUAUGGAUGAAGUACUUCCUAACGAGCCGCCGUAUAUAUUUCGAACGGGAAAAAGGGUUACCAUGAAUUACGGUGAUCCUAUAGAUUUCAGUGGAUUGCUGGCCGAUCUGCGAGCAUCAAAAGCUAGUGAGAUGGAAGCGCGAAAAGCGAUAACCGAUCGCAUUCAAGAAGAGCUCAUAAGAUUGAAAGCGGCAACGGAAAAGCUUCACACUAGAUUAUGACGAAGAUGAUCCUUUCACCAUCGUUCCUCCAUCUAGCCUUAAUUUGCCAAAACUUAAAGCGAUUCGAUUAACACGUGAUACAAAAAGUGAUAUAUAUAUAAACCAUCUGCAUAAGAAAUCAGAUUUCCCUUUUAAAGUAUACGUUUGUAUUACAAUGAUAUCUGACAUUUUUGAGUUCAGUAAUUUGUAGAAAAUCGCGCAAAAAAUAUUAUUUCAUUUUUAAUUAUUCUUUUAACUCUCUUAAGAGAGAAAAGUCAUCCAAUAGGCGCACAGAAAGUGCGCACUUUCUUCCAAUUGUAUUUUUUUUAUAAAUUCUGCCAUCUAAAAACAAUCCACAUAGUCUCUAAAUGAGUAAAAAUUUUAAUUUAUUCCUUAAUGGUUACUUUGCAAGAAAGUGUAAAAUUUAAAAUUAUAACUCUAUCAGAGAAAGUAAUCAGUUGUGAAAAACUAAGAAGCUCCGCGAUAUAUAUGUAUAUUACAUAUAUAUGUAAAAUUCCUUUGAGGAGUUAUACAAUUUCUCAGAUGAGAUAUACUACAUCUUGUGUAUAGUAUAUUUAUAUAAAUAUACACACAUAUAUAUAUAUACAUACAUAUACAGGGUGUCCCAGAAUUGCCGUACA